CCCGGGCUGCACCGCCCCUCAGCGCUGCCUUUGCGACGCUGCCGAAAAGCGGCGGGCGGCAAUGGCCGCGGCCGUUAGGGCGGCGGGGGCGCGGCACCUGGCGGGGGGCGGCGGGCGGCGCUGCCUCUGCUCGGGCGGCGGCGGGCCGGCGGCCGGGCGGCCGGAGAGCGGGGGACCGGGCUUCUGCCCUCCGGCGCAUUCCCGCAGCGACUGGAUCGGCCCCCCCGACAGAUACUCCAAUCUGCGGCCGAUAAUCUUCCACGUUCCCCCGAACGAGUCGCUGCUGGAGCGGCGGCUGCGGGAGGCCAGGCAGGAGACGCAGCUGUGGAACCAGCGCUUCUGGGCCCGGCAGAACGUGUCGUUCCAGCAGGAAAAAGAAGAAUUUAUUUAUUCAAGACUGAAAGCCAAGGGUCUGAAAACAAGAGCUGAAACAGGUCAAAAAGCAACGCUGAAUGCAGAAGAAAUGGCUGACUUCUACAAGGAUUUCUUAAGUAAAAAUUUUAGAAAGCAUAUGCAUUAUAACAGAGAUUGGUAUAAACGUAAUUUUACUAUCACGUUCCUCAUGGGACAAGUAGCACUGGAGAGAGCUCUGAGGUGGCUUCGCUGGAAAAAGAAAAAUAUUGGAAAUUAGUGAUCACAGCUCCAUGAAGAAUAUAGUACUGUAGCUACGCCUGUUCACUUGUUAUCUAUAGUGAUGUUCAGAAUCUGAAUGUCUAAUGCAAUAAUUACUUUGAUCUGUUGGACUAUGUAAAUGAAAAUUGCUAUUGUUCUUAAUUUAUAAUCACUAUUUACAGUACAUUUACCUUUUAUUCCAAGAAUAUUGCAAAGAUUUUUCCAACUCAAAACACAGCUGAGAAAACUAUCAAAAGCUGACCUUUAUUACAUAAAAUUGAACGAAUCUCAACUGUCAUGUUUUACCACAGAGUCAGAGCUCAUAAAAAACAUGAUCCAAUAUGUUGUGCCUGAACUUUGGUCAAAGAAUGUAGUCUUCACCAACAAUACAAGUAUACAAAAGACAAAAAUGCCUCAUUUUGCAUCAUAGAUGUUCUGCAACAGUAGUUAUCCACACUAAUAUAACAUGAUCAUGUAAUAAGUAUGAUUUGUGGCUAUACAUAGAUUCCAUCCGAUUUAGUAUUGUCUUUCCUUCAGUGUGAUUAAAUCCCAUUGUUAAGGAAGAUUUAAGAUAUGAUUUCAUAUCAAUGACUAAGGCAGUAGAAUCUUCUUAAAUAAUUUUGUUUUCUUUGGAAGAACUGUGUCCCUCACAAGAGGGGGGACAUAUAUAGAGAGGACAGGAGUUCCUCUAACCUCUGAUUGGUAAAGGUUUUCAGUUGUAGAGCAAUAAAGUAGAUGCAUUGCCAGUCACUUAAAAUCUUGAUGGAGAAGGAAACUGAUACUUGGCUGUAUAGAGGAGACGAAUAUUAGUACUAAUAAGCAGUGAUUUCUACUGUUUAAUUAUUUUCAGUGGAUUUGGUAUUCUCACCAGGUUCUUUAAGGCACUCAAAGCAAGUUGCUUGAGGGGGAUUUUCUAGCCUUAAGGGAUGCAACAUCAACUGGAUAAAGGUUGAUUUAAAUAAUAUCUUAAAAUUAUAUGUCCUACAUCUGUCCUUUAAAAGUUCCAUUUUAUACAGUUAAAUGAAUUGGUCUUUUGAUACAGUUCCUACUAAGAAGAUUCUGUUAAAAAGAAUGUUGUAUGUUGUUAAGCAAUGCAUCUUUCCCCAAAGCCAUGUUGUAGGCAAGGUUUUGGUUUUGGAAAUGUCAGCUCGGUAGCCAUUGGCCUGUUUUUCAUAUCUAAACAUGACAUUAUUUAGUUAUAGGCUUUUUCAGCUGGGAAAAAAGAAGUUUGUUUGUACUAAUAUAUUGUAAUAAUUCCUUUGCAAAAUGAAAUAAAUUUUAAUUAUACAGUAAUGGAUUACAUUGUUUUGUACAAUGAUGAUUUUGUCAGUCCCUAAAUUGUUUAUUAUUAAAGAGUUGUAAAUAAAAAAAUUAAUAAUGUUUUCUGAGGUAAUAUGCAGUAUUUCUAAGAAAAUACUAUUUGUGAAUGUUAUUUACUACAUCAAUACUGUAAAUAUGUGGCAUUUGAAAACUUUAAAAAAUAUAUACACUUAUUUUUAUUUAGGAAAAGUAAAUUAUUGAAAUAAACCAUUGUGGGUAUGUGA